CCCUAACAGUAGCAGCAUUCAUCAUCCAGGCAACUUCCUCCCAGUUUGAUCCCUCGGCCAGCUCCGGAAGUCGCUGUUACCGGCGCUGUCCCAGCUGCUCACCUCGCCUGCGUCGCUGGCCUCGUCCGUGUCGGUGUGGCCGUUCAGAAGGCGCAUAGAGGAAGUUUCUCCUUCCUUCUCUUUCUCUGUGAUCGAAGGAAGUUCCGCCGUCGCCGACAUCGUUGCUCCAUUCGACCUGUCCUCCUGCAUCGCUACUCCGUUCAACUCCUGACAAACCCAUUUGGAAGUCCAAAGCUCCCGCUAAAGUCAAAUAUUUUAAUAUUUUAUGUGGACAGCUGUGCUUAACAGAAUUGAUGGCAAUGACUUCUUGUAGAUUGGCUUUCAUAAGGGUUCUUCCUUACCAAAUAAAGUCAGUGGAACCGGUAACAUCCUGAAUAUUUUCAAAAUCAGUUGCUUCUCAUUGUGGCACAGCAGCAGAAUAGUUGUGGCUGAAUUCUCAGUAUGGCAGAUUCUGAUGAAGUGGCAAAAUCUGCUGAAAACCAGCAAACAGAGCAAGUGUGCAGCUUCUUCAGGAAACCAAUUAAUAAGAAGAAUAUAAGGAAACGUGCUAUUGAUAGUGAAGAUGAGGGUGAUGAUUCAAAAAAUGAAAACUCUUUGUUGCAUGCUCAGAAGAAGGCUCCAAAGCCUGACAAUAAGUUGUACUUUUCAACUGGCCCCUCGAAAAGCUCUGUUUCUACUGAACCAAGUGAAGAAUCUGAAAAAACCGGUUUCCAUUUCGAGUCUUCGAAAGAGAUUCAAGUUCAACAUGAUAGCAAAGCAACAGCAACUCUAGAGACAGAGACCGACUUCUCCAGAGAUGCUCGUGCAAUCCGUGAACGUGCUCUUAAGCAAGCAGAAGAGAGUUUGAAGGGGAAAGGCACAAGUUCUGAGGAUGGCAAACUAUAUAAGGGAAUGAACAGUUACAAAGAUUACAAGGCCGGCUUCCGGAGAGAGCAAACAAUUGCUAGCGAAAAGGCUGGUGGUUCACAUGGUCCUCUCAGGGCUUCGGCUCAUAUAAGAGUUUCAGCGAGAUUUGAUUAUCAGCCUGAUAUAUGUAAGGAUUACAAGGAGACUGGUUACUGUGGGUAUGGUGAUUCCUGUAAGUUUAUGCAUGAUCGAGGGGAUUACAAGUCUGGAUGGCAGUUGGAGAAGGAAUGGGAUGAAGCUGAGAAGGCAAGGAGGAUGAGACUGGCUGCGGGUGAAGAUGCGGACGAGGAAAGUGCUGAUUUAGCUGAUAGUGACGAUGAAGAUGCAUUGCCAUUUGCAUGUUUUAUUUGUAGGAAGCCUUUUGCGGAUCCUGUUGUAACCAAGUGCAAGCACUACUUCUGCGAGCAUUGCGCCUUAAAGCAUCAUGCAAAGAACAAGAAGUGUUUUGUCUGCAACCAACCAACUCUCGGCAUUUUCAAUGUUGCCCAUGAGAUACGAAAGAAGAUGGCUGAGGAUAAAGAUAAAUGACACCCUCUUUACAUAAGGCAUGAUUAAGAGCAACACUCUGUAAUGAUUUGAAAACAGCAUAGGGAUUAGGCAUGUUGUAUUUCGCUGUCUGAAUAAAUCGUUAGAAAUUAGAAUGUAGAGGAGUCACGUGUUUUUGCUUCAAGAGACAUUGAUUCUACAUGAUGGAGUUCUUGCAAUGUAUCUGUACUAAAUUUUGAAUAGAUCAACGUGUAGGGGUUGUCUUGUGAGUUAGAAUUUUGAGGGGAGUUGUAGUGUAAAUGUUCAAAAUUGAAUUCUACAAAAUUUUUAUAAUAUACUUUUAAAUUUAA